CACAUAUAUAAGAGGCAUCAGUCGGCUGAAAGCGUUUUCCAUCCGGAGGCGUCGCGACCUGGACUUGACUGAGGCUAAAACUGAGCUAGAGAAAAAUGCUGCGCCAUGUGCUACGCCACGAGAACAAGAUAUUCGUGCUCAUAUUGUUGUACUGCGUUCUGGUUAGCCUGCUGAAGCUGUGCAUGGCCCAGUCGGAGGGUACGGCGACUGCCACUGAUAAUGAUAUUGGGCAUCUGGGCGACGACUGUCAGGUGACGCCCGUCAUCCAUGUCCUGCAAUAUCCCGGCUGUGUGCCCAAGCCAAUACCCUCCUUCGCCUGUGUAGGUCGCUGUGCCAGCUAUAUACAGGUCUCGGGAAGCAAAAUUUGGCAAAUGGAGCGCUCCUGUAUGUGCUGCCAGGAGUCGGGCGAGCGCGAGGCAGCCGUCUCGCUCUUCUGUCCCAAGGUCAAACAUGGUGAGCGCAAGUUCAAGAAGGUUCUCACCAAGGCUCCAUUGGAGUGCAUGUGCCGACCAUGCACUUCGAUCGAAGAGUCGGGAAUCAUUCCGCAGGAGAUUGCCGGCUACUCGGACGAGGGCCCGCUCAACAAUCACUUCCGACGCAUUGCCUUGCAGUAAUUCGAAUACCAAAAAUAAUAGAAAACAUCAUUAGCAUAGCAUUUUGCACACACAUUUGCACUUAAAAUAAAAUUAACAAACGCAUUA